GAACCGCAGCCAGCGCAGCCCUCAGACCGCACUGGGGAGCCCAGCGCCAGCAUGGACGGCGUGGAUGUGUGGGCCACCACCUUGGCCCAGCUGAUGGCCAAGAGGAAGCCCCAGGACACCUGGGAGCUGGUCCCCGAGGAGAACCUGGCCUCAGGGCACCUGGACAGCAGCGGUUUCCAGUACCGGCUGCGGGGGCUCUCGAGGCUCCAGUGUGGCCGCUGCCAGUGGGGCUGGUCCUCGGCCCACGUGCACAUCCUCUUCCACCUGUAGUGGGACGAGGAUGCCCAGCAGGGGCUGGUGAAUGUGCGCAUCUGGGCCCAGCGGUGCCGGCUGUGCCCGGGCGGGGCCGCCUGCCACGUCAGCCUGCUCAGCGUGCGGCUCUUCCUCAACAAGCUGGUGCAGUUCAUCGCGCAGAAGUGCUACGGGGAGGGCCCAGGCUCCGACCAGUGCCCCGAGAUCUGCUUCGGCGAGCACCGCGAUGCCUGCGACCUGGGGGUCUGCUUCUUCCAGAAGCCCCCGGACCCCGCCUGGGGGCCCGAGGUCAAGAGCCCCAGCACCAGCAAGGGCAGGUUCACCCUGUGUGGUGGCAGCAACGUGGACGCCCCCACCGCCAGCCAACAGCUGCGCAUGCUUGGCUGCAGGCUUAUGGUGGACCGCUCCAGGGGCUACACCCACUCCACCACGGUCCCCCUCUCCGUGGCCGACUUCAUCAAGAACCCCCUCUCCGAGAGCAGGGACUUCUUCGGCGAGAGGGAGGAGAUCGUCACUGUCCCCUUCUCCCUUGUGCGCGAGGACAAGGGGCCCGUGGCCGACCCCACCGGGCCUCUCACUGUUGGCAGGGGCUCCCCCUACCUGCCCACCAGCUCCAAGGCCACGUCCAAAGGCAAACGCUUCCCGGUGAACAUCAAAGUCCCCGUGUUCCACGGCAAAGGCCUCGUCCUCAGCGGCACCAAGGAGAUGACAGGCUUUAUCUACAAAGGCCACGGCUGCAUCUCCGACCCUGAUGGAGAUGAUGCAGACGAUGGCUGGGGCCCCGCGUUCAGCAGCAGCGGUGCCGUCACUGAAGUCACUGAUGGAAACAGCCCGCGGCCAGUGACCUACAUCAUCGGCCUCAGGCACAACGGGCAGGGCUCCGUCACCUUCCCCUCUUCCUUGACCAAUGUGGUCCUUGAAGGCGAGGACCCCUUUGACCUCAUCUACGGCUCCCUCACCUUCCCUUUCAUCUUCGCCACCAAGGGCAAAGGCGGGGCGUCCUCUGCUGGCGUCACUGAAGGCAAAGGGAAGGGGGAUGGCGGCAGCGGCCCUGCCACCACUGGCCGUGAGCCCCUUCUGGGGACCAAUGCCAGUGGCCCUGUCCCCAUCAGCGAGGGCUCCGUCACUAUCCCCUUCUCCGUCCUCAGUAUCAUUCAGAGCAAGGGCUCUAGCAGUGAUGACAGUGGCCCUGAAAGCAAUGGCCUUGCCACCCCUGGCUUUUCCAAGAAGCAGAGGCAGCCGGGGCCCAGGGCGGGCAAGUCCGGCCCUGGGUGCUACUGGGAGGAGGACUUCUGCUGGGCCGUAGGCUUCCGCUUCGACCCCUACGAAGAAGUCUGGAUCUGGGUCUCCAUGACCGUCCACAUCCUCUGGAUAAUGUACCUGUACAAGUUCAGCCCUGACCACUCCCCGCGGGUGUGAAGUGUGGCGCCUCUCGUCGGUCCCUGCUUCACCCCCCAGCAGGGCCGCCCGGGCAGCCAGCGAGCCAAGUGACCUCCCUGUCCCCCCAGCAAGCCCCCGGCCGCCUUGGCCGCCCCCUGCUUCCGUGUUCUGUCUCCUGCCAUGAGUUGUGGUGUCGUGGAAGCUCACGCCGUGAUCGUCCCCCGCGCUGACCGUGUGUGUUCCAGGCGCUUUUCUGUACGUGUGUUACACUCCAAUAAAAUAAAAGUUAGGAAGCAGCAGCCACACGGCACUCGGGCUGAGCUGAAGGUGUGAGGUGGGAGGGCGAGGUGGGCACAUGGGCCGACUCCUGGGUCCCAGUCCCCGCGGGGUCUCCUUCCCUCGAUGGCUCCUGGAUCCCCGGACGGGACGCUCGGAUCUGUUCAGCACAGGCUGUCAGGGCGGGGUGGGCGGUGGGGGGAAGAGGUCCUACACCACCCACUCUGCGAAGAUGAAAGCCCCUUGAGGUGUGGUUGGCAAGCCUCUUCCCCCCCGCCCCCCCAACACCAGGGUCCCAGUAGCUGAGGAGGUAGCUUCCCCACAGGAGGGGCAGGAGGCCAGCCAGCGCUUUACCGGAUUCUGUUCACGGCUCCCCUGGAGCAUUUAUAUCCACAGCGCUGUUUUGGUUUAAGAAACUCCAUCUGUGCUGUAGGUCAGAAAACUGUUCUGUCACUUGUAUGCACACCUUGGAUUUCCAUCUUAAAGGCCGUAGGUCCGGUUCUAAGGGGCAGGGGUGUUGGGCCAUGUGGGUCCCAGGCAGCUGGGGGCGUGACAGCGGGCAGCUGGGUCAGGCCGCCCUGUAGCCCCCCAUGCAGAGCCGGCCCCAGGACCCUGGUGGGGGGUUUGUCUGCAGAGCCCGAGGUCUGAGACUUGCAUCCCCUGGCUGGAUGAGAGUUUGGGAAGGCCUGCCCUGUGGGGAGGGCUGAGUGGACGGAAUCCAGAGGCACUGGAGAGUCUGCCCUCAGGCCUGCCGUCAGGGUGAGUGGG